AUGUCUCAAAAAGCGUGUUAUGUUUGUGGGAAGUUAGGUCACUUAGCAGAAAACUGUGACUCUGAGCGGUUAUGUUAUAACUGCAACCAGCCAGGGCACAUUCAAUCUGAAUGUACUUUGCCAAGAUCUGCUGAGCAUAAGCAAUGUUAUAAUUGCGGUGAAACUGGUCACGUUAGAGGUGAAUGUAGUAUUCAAAAAUGCUUCAACUGUAACGAAGCCGGUCACAUCUCAAGAGAUUGUGCUGAGCCUAGGAGGUCAUCAAAAUUCCCAAGUAGAACUUCCUUGUCUGUUAAGUCUUCAAAAGUUUCUUGUUACAGAUGUGGUGGUCCAAAUCAUAUGGCUAAGGACUGUUUGCAAGAUGAGACCAAGUGCUACUCAUGUGGUAAGUCCGGUCAUAUUUCCAGAGACUGCCCAAGCAGUCCAUCUGAAAAAACUUGUUACAACUGUAAUGAGUCCGGCCAUAUAUCCAGAGACUGCCCAGUUCACUAA